GGUAUACAAUGGGAUUUGAAUAAAUCAAUGACCAAUGGGCUGUCACCAGUAGGCACUGAUCAUCUUAAGAAUGGACCUGCCAAAGCAAAUGGGCCAUUCCAAUGGGGUCAGUCAAAUAAUGGCAAACUUGUAAAUGGAGCGAUACCUGCAGAUAAGGAUCGGACUGCUAUUCCUCUUCAGAUUAAUAAUAGUAAGCCAUUGGCACAAGCACAGCCUUCUCAAAUCAAUGGUAUCCAAAUGGAUAAUGGUCCUAACAUUCAGAAUGUUACUACUCCACUUACUUGGGAUACAAAUAGAUCAGUAACGAAUGGACAAUUAAAAGUAAACAAUAUGAACCAGGUGAAACCUAACAUGAAUGGAAACUCUUCUUUGGACAUGACAUCUCUUAAGACAUCUCUUACGCAAUUAUUUUACACUGGCGAUGGCUCUACAAAGGCUAUUAUGAGUGGGGCGAACGAACAACUGACGAAGCCAAUUGGCAAGGGCAAAAAAGCGAACGUUGCAGGAGAUCACAUAAAGACACGCCCUGACAACCUGGCCACAAAAAAAGGAACAACUGGGCAACAAGUACGUUUACUGGCUAACUAUUUCCGAUUAAAUCACCAAACCACUUGGUGUCUAUAUCAGUAUCGUGUCGAUUUUAUGCCGGAGGAAGAUAGGACAUUUGUGCGCAAAGCUUUAUUGAAAGAUCAUUCUGCAACACUUGGAGGAUAUUUGUUUGAUGGAACAAUCUUAUAUAGUGCGCAGAGACUCUAUCCCGAUAUCAUUGAGCUGAAUUCAGCUCGAAAACAAGACGGAACUCAAAUAGUGAUUCGUCUUAAAAUGGUUGGGCAUUUAUGCAUGGGAGAUUAUCAAUACCUUCAGUUCUUCAAUAUAUUAAUUCGUCGCUGCUUUGAAGGGCUAAAACUUCAAUUAGUUGGGCGGAACUUUUUUGAUGCUGUAUCUAAAGUUGAAAUUCCACAAUACCAUUUACAACUUUGGCCUGGAUACAUAACAUCGAUAAGACAGCAUGAGAGUAGCAUUCUUAUGUGCACUGAAAUUACUCAUAAAGUUAUGAGACUAGACACGGCACACCAUGUACUAUCAAAGUGCAAAGAGGGACGAAACUUUAGAGAUGAAUUUGAACGUCUCAUGCUGGGUGCUGUUGUAUUAACUGAUUAUAAUAAUAAAACAUACAAAAUUGAUGGCGUCAAUUGGGAGAUGACUCCAUUGUCUACUUUCAAGAAGAAGACAGGAGAGGAGAUCACAUUCUCCAACUACUAUAAGGCUAAAUAUAACGUUAUAAUUAAAGAUACCAAGCAGCCUAUGUUGAUCCAUAGAUCUAAAGACAAGGACAUUCGUUCUGGAUGUCCAGCAUACCAAGCUCUCGUACCCGAACUUUGUAGAACUACCGGUCUCACAGAUGAUAUGAGGAGUAAUUUUCAAUUAAUGAGAGCUAUGUCUGAACACACUCGAGUAAACCCUGAGAUGAGAAUAAGGAAAUUGAUGGACUUCAAUUUGCGUUUGCGCACCACACCAGAAACGCAAAAGGAAUUGUCUGGUUGGCAAAUGGAUCUAGAUAACAAAUUGCUUGAGUUUACAGGAAGAGUUUUACCAAGAGAAAAAAUUAACCUAGGUGGAAGCCGAAAGGUUGAUGUUGAUGUUAAUGUCGAUUGGACCAGAGACUUGCGUUCUAGUGCUAUGCUAUCGAUUGUUAAUAUUAAUCGCUGGCAUAUACUAUUUCUGCCAAAGUUUCGAAAGGAUAGUAUGGAUUUUCUUAAAAUCCUGCAGAAAGCUGCAGCCUCAAUGAGAUUGACUAUUAGUCAACCCAUUCUAAAUGAAGUAUCAGAUGAUAGAAGUUCAACAUAUACAGAUAUGCUGGAAAAAAUUUUAUCUUCUUCAGCAACACCAGAUUUAGUUUUGUGUGUUGUACCAAAUAAUCGAAGCGAUAGAUAUUCCGCUAUCAAGAAAAUUUGUGUCGAUCGCAUGGUCCCAACUCAAGUAAUACUUGCGAAGAAUUUGAUAUCAAAAGGAGUAAUGUCUAUAGCUACAAAAGUUGCUAUUCAGAUGAAUUGCAAAAUGGGCGGGGCUCCUUGGUCUGUGGAAAUCCCCAUAACAGGCCUUAUGGUCAUUGGCUUUGAUGUAUGCCAUGACUCCUCCAAUAAAGCCCUUUCAUAUGGCGCUUUGGUGGCAUCUGUAGAUAGAUGCUUAACACGAUACUUUUCAGCUGUGAGUCAUCAUGCUCGAGAAGAAUUGGCUAAUGAUCUUGUGGUCAAUAUAUCUAAAGCUCUUCUUAAAUAUAAACAAGCCAAUGGUGGAAUGUUGCCUCAAAGAAUUGUAUUCUAUCGAGAUGGUGUAGGCGAUGGACAAAUUCCUUAUGUUCAUAAUCAAGAAGUGAGGCUGGUACUUAAUCUUCUUGAGGAACAAUAUGGGAAUUUACCAGUACGACUAGCAUACAUAAUUGUGAGCAAGCGUAUCAAUACCAGAAUUUUCUCAGUUGACAGAAAAAAUCCAGUACCUGGAACAGUCGUUGAUGAUGUUAUCACACUGCCAGAGAGGUACGAUUUCUUCCUAGUCAGUCAAACAGUACGCCAAGGUACUGUUUCUCCAACAUCUUACAAUGUCAUUUAUGACACACUAGGGCUUGAUCCUGAUAAGAUUCAAAGACUUUCAUACAAGCUCACCCAUAUGUACUAUAAUUGGUCAGGUACAUGUCGUGUGCCAGCCCCCUGCCAAUAUGCACAUAAAUUAGCUUACUUGGUUGGACAAAGCUUGCACAGGGCACCAAAUAGUAAAUUGGAUGACUCUUUGUACUUUUUAUAA